GAUUAUCUGUUGCCUAUUGAGGCUGCGAGGCUUGUCAUCUUGUCACUUUAUUGAGUUUUGUGGGUUCUUCUGUUCCACUAUUAUUAACGUAAAAUCUUGCAUUUUUCGUGCACACUACAAUAUGAAUGCAAUCAACAGUUAGCGUCUGUUAAAUUGAUUUGUUUUAUUUAAUUUGGCAGUGAUUUAUCAAAUAAUUAUUAUAACAUCAAUACUAAAUCUUCAAAAUAAAUUGGAUGUGCAGUGCAGUGCAUAGAAAAUAAAAUGAGAGACUUCGAUUUGGACUGUGUUUAAAUCUUAUUUUAAUAGAGUCUUGUUAAUAAUGUCCGCGAGCUCGAGAUCGGCCAACGUCGGCCUAAAGCCGAUUGAAGUGCCCAAGGCUUUGCAAGAAGGAGAGAAGUUUAUCAAGUGGGAUGAGGACUCAGGUGCUGGUCUUCCAGUCACACUGCGGGUGGACCCUAAAGGCUUCUACCUGUUCUGGACUGAUCAAAACUUGGAGGUGGAGAUGCUGGACAUUGCUACCAUUAGGGAUGUCAGAACUGGAUCUCAUGCCAAAGUUCCCAAAGACCCAAAGAUCAGACACGUGGUGCUGAUAGGCUCCCAAGGAUCCCUGGAGGAGAAGACGGUGACAGUCUGCUAUGGCGCGGACUUCGUGAACGUCACUUUUGUCAAUUUCUGCUGUACCAGGAAGGAAAUCGCUCAGAUGUGGACAGAGGAGCUGUUCGUGCUCGCGCACAACCUCAACCAACUGAACAACCCAACGAUCAUGUUUCUGGAGAAGUUGCACACCAAGAUCGUCCUAAAAGCGGACAAGUCCGGCAAAAUAUUAGUUAAGAACAUCGUCCGCCAAUUCGCACAAAACAAAGAAGACAAAAAGCGAGUGGAGAAAGCCCUGAGCGAGUCAGGGUUGCCAACUGGAAAAAAUGACACCAUAAGCCAGUCCAAGUUCCAGUUUGAAGACUUCUUCGCGUUCUACAAGAAUCUAACUCAGAGGAGCGAAGUCCAGAAGAUAUUUAAUAACCUUACGGGAGGCAAGCCUCACCUCUCCGCUGCUCAGCUAGUAGACUUCCUGAACAACGUGCAGCGUGAUCCCCGUCUAAAUGAGAUUCUGCACCCGUACGCCGACCUGCAGCGGGCCAAGGACCUGAUCAAGUCAUACGAGCAUAAUAAGUACCACCAACAGCGAUCGCAGCUCACUUUUGAUGGCUUUCUAAGGUUUCUUAUGUCCGAAGACAACCCGAUCGUGGCGGUGAACAAGCUGGAUCUCUGCGAUGACAUGGACCAACCGCUAGCUCACUACUUCAUCAACAGUUCCCACAACACUUACCUGACUGGCCAUCAGAUUACGGGAAAAUCUAGUGUGGAGAUUUACAGGCAGAGUCUGCUGGCUGGAUGCAGAUGCGUCGAGUUGGAUUUCUGGAACGGUCGUACCGACGAGCCUGUUAUAGUCCAUGGAUACACAUUCGUACCUGAAAUUAGCGCCAAAGAGGUACUGGAAGCGAUAGCGGAGAGCGCUUUCAAAACGUCAGACUACCCAGUGGUGCUGAGUUUCGAGAAUCACUGCAACCCGCGGCAGCAGGCCAAGAUCGCCAACUACUGCCGGGAGAUCUUCGGCGAGAUGCUGCUGGACAAACCCUUGGACUCCCACCAACUGGAACCAGGAGGGGAACUGCCGCCGCCAUCUUUGCUGAAACACAAAAUCAUAAUAAAGAACAAGAAGAAACACCACCAUCAUCACAAGAAGGACUCUGCUUCGGAAGACUCCGAACAACGCACGGAUCUUCCCGUGCAGGGGAAUGGAGAAGUCUCCCAUCCUCCGUUGGCGCGGCAAAGCAGCAAAGACUCAUCAUCGUCAUCGGAAUCCGACAGUUCAUCGGGCGAAGAGGAAACCGGCCCGGAGUUAGCCGAAGGCGGCGACGCCACAGCCGACGACGCCCGAGAGACGCACGCGGGGGCGGAGAUUUCUGCAUUAGUCAAUUAUGUACAACCCGUGCAUUUCUCUUCAUUUGAAAGCGCUGAAAAAAAGAAUCGCUUCUACGAAAUGUCGUCAUUCGACGAGAAGCAAGCAACAACUCUCCUUAAAGAACGUCCGAUCGAGUUCGUGAACUACAACAAGCACCAGCUGUCGCGGGUCUACCCGGCCGGGACCAGGUUCGAUUCCUCCAACUUCAUGCCGCAGGUGUUCUGGAACGCGGGCUGCCAACUGGUGGCGUUGAACUUCCAGACGCUGGACCUGGCCAUGCAGCUGAACCUGGGCGCGUUUGAGUAUAACCGCCGGUGUGGGUACCUGCUAAAGCCUGAAUUUAUGCGACGAAAGGACCGCCGACUAGACCCGUUCGCGGAGAGCACCGUGGACGGCAUCAUCGCCGGGUCGCUGUCGGUCACGGUGCUGUCGGGGCAGCUGCUGACGGACAAGCGCUGCGGCACCUACGUGGAGGUGGACAUGUUCGGGCUGCCGGCCGACACCGUGCGCAAGAAGUUCCGCACGAGGCAGGCCAGCAACAACGGCAUCAACCCCGUCUAUGGCGAGGACCCUUUCGUCUUCAAAAAGGUGGUGCUCCCGGAACUAGCGAUGAUCCGCAUCGCCGCUCACGAGGAGAGCGGCCGGCUGCUGGGCCACCGCGUGCUGCCGGUGGUGGGGCUGUGUCCCGGCUACCGCCACGUCAACCUGAGGACGGAGCUGGGGCUGCCGCUGCCGGCCAGUCUGCUGCUGCUCGUUGUUGUCAAGGAUUACGUCCCCGACACGCUGUCGGAACUAGCCGAGGCUCUGGCCAACCCGAUCAAGUACCAGAGCGAACAAGACAAGCGCGAACACCAACUGGCAGUGCUGACUGAAGAUACCGACGUCCCGCCGCCGGACGGCAAGGUUGGCAACACCGCCAAUGCUGCUAAUGCUGCCAACCUGCCCGUCGCGACUGACCAACCACGGCUUUCUAUCGUCGCCCCAAUAAAACUGGAAAGUUCGACAGAAGGCAGUCCGAGCAAAAACGUGACGGCCGUGAUGGAGACGAUCAAACUGAUUGACAGCGAAGCGCAAGGUGGAGUGCCAGCGCCCGCCUCCAACAACAAGGAAUCUCAAGAAUCAGAAAACAAAACCAACGGUGAUUCAGACGAAUCUCUGGCCGAAGCGCUCGAGAAGCUGCUAUCGAGUGAAGUUGUUCGCAAGAAGAGGGCGGAGCUUGCGCGGAAGUUGGAUGCGCUUCGACGCAAAUACGACAAGGAGAAACGCGGGGGCGGCACUUCUGCCAAGUUCUACGUCAGCAACAAGCUGGUUAAGAAGCUGUCUUCUAACAAGAUGCACGUGAGUGGGGAACCUAGUAGCAAUGAAGAAGCUGUGGCUGGUCCCGCCAACGAGGAACGAGAGCUCCGUCUGCGGUACCACCACACCAUCUACGCUCUCGUGGACAAGAACCUGAGAAAUGAGCAACAGCAGCAGAUGAAGAUACUCACGGAUUUAUUGGAAGUGGAGAAGAAAGAGAUACUAAACAGACUCGCGAACGCGCGGAAAGAAGACGUGAAGGCGUUAGCGAAAAAGACUAACAGGGAUAAAGACGAAAUUCUUAGGAUAAAGAGAGAAAUACAUUCCCAGUCGGUGGAGCGCGGCGUGGCGGAGUGCUCGCGACUGGAGCAGGCGCACGCGCGACGCCGCGAGCAGCUCACGCGCGCGCACGAGCGUCUGCGCGCGCUGCUGCAGCGACACCGCGACCAGGAGUUAAUAGAACUGGAGCGGCUAUGCGGCGACGCGCCGGAGGGCUAGGGCUCCGCUAGCGGCCUCUGGUACGUCAGCCAUCACCACUGUUAUUUCUUUUAGGAAUCUGUGAUAUUAUCGCCUAAGACUCGUGGCCAGCCGACGGUCGAUACAACCGCGGUACUCGAAGAGAAGCUAUCUUCAAUAUUGCUGUCUCUUUCGGAUGAAGACGAAGAACAGAGAGGAAAAUAUGGAUGAUUUGCCGUUUUUUCGACGCCAAAUGCACGCACGAUUUAGUUUUGAACUGGAGAACGUGUGAUGAAUUAGUUGGAAUGGAAUACACAUAAUGCGAUUGUCAUCGCGUAUUAGUAAAUAUUAUUUAAUAAUUGAUGUUUAGUUUUUCUCUAUAUUAGUCAAGAACUAAAACAGUAAUCGGCAAAAACGUCGUUUAGAUUGUGACGUCACUGGACUAACUUGAUAGGCAAUCGUAUAUAGUACCGUGGUAUAAGAAUCUCAGACGCGCGGUCUCGCCUCGUGGGCCCAUUUCGUUAGUCUUCUUGAGACUUUAGUCCUUUCUGUAGGCUGAAACAGGCCAAAAAGCCCUAUAGUUUUGGCCCAUUCCUGAAUGUAUGAAUCUAGCGGCCCUCGAUGAGCCCUUUCGAUUGUUAUCGUUACGCUACACUGAUUUAUCGUGAUAAUGAUGUAUGUUAUGUCUUCUUGUAAUCGUGACGUGUGUUUCGGGACUAAACUUGUAUUGAUGCAUUUAAUUGAUAGUCAAUAAGGUUCGCGUUGACGCUUCGUUUCUAUGGAUAUACUAGUCAUCGCCGUACUCGGCAAAAUGCCCUAUUCCCAACACUAUAAGGCUCAGAAUGCGAUGGUUUUGAUAUCUGAGCAAACUUUAUACAUAUCUUUAGCACAAACAACCGAUUUUCAGUGCAUUUCUUCUAAUGGUUCUUCCUUUAUAUUAUAAUAUAAAAUGUAGUUUUAAAAAUAUUCAAGUCAAAAAUAUGAAGUCUUAUGAUGGUUAUUCCAAUAUUUUCUGGUUAGUGAUCUUUAUGCAGUAAAUGUUACUGGUAUUUAAAUUUAUACAUUUGAUUUUUCAUAUUAGUAAAAUAGAACUAUUGAAUCGCAAUGUAUAAUAAAAAUUAAAAUAUGUUGAAUGAGAAUUAUUUAAUGUAAACUUAAUCUUAAAAGGUCGAGCUUGUGAAGGAAUAUGUAUUUGUGUAGUUGAAUUUUUGGUUAUUAAAAUUACUAUCGUGUGUGAGUAAACAUAGGUUGUAGGGUAACAUUCCAUCGCUUUUAAUAAUAUAACGGGAUAGUUCAUUCAAUUAUAUUUAGGUGAUAAUCUUGCGUUACAUUUAGAUGAAUAGUUGUAGAGAGUUGAAAUCACCUGGGCUACUCAUUUCGCAAUCCGAAUAGGAAAGUUUCCUCUGAGAUAUAAUUCACUGUUUUAAGGGUUCGGACAAACAAAUCAAUAAACUUUAUCAUAGCUGAUUCCGACACGAUGUGGCCGAUUCUUAUAUUAAAAAAUAUAUAUAUUUCUGUCACUAAAAUGAUGACGUCUCACUCUUACUCAAUUCAGCGUCUUCCCAGUUGCUCGAGAUUAUUUUUUUAUAUCGGCAAAAAGUACUUUUAACAUGACGGAAAUUUUCCUAUAGGUGACACGAAGGAUUUUUAGCAAGUGUAAUAUAGAUAUAGCGAAUUAUUAAAUAGUAUUGUUGCAACAUGCCGUUGCUUAAUUGCCUGUUCGCUUGACACUCGAGUUAGCACGUAGCUGUAGAGACAUGUAAUCCGACAUACAUACAAUAGUUACCAAUUUAGAUAUACACUCAUGCGUUAAUUGUGUUAUUAAUACGUUUUAAUUUCCUUAAGACUUAAUAGUUACAAGGUUCAUACUAUACUACAAUAAUACUAAUGUUCUAUCUCACAAUUAUCGCAUUGGUGUAUUUAAAAAAAGCAAUAAAUUUUAGAACAAUACUUAUCGGUAAGUUGUAGUGGCCUUGUUGUUCCAUGCUGGUUUGAAGGGUUCCUUCUGAAGCUAUUACUUGAUUUCAUCACCAUUAUGUGUUCUCCAAAUAAAAUAAAAUUGUGAAAAUUUAUUAAUAUUAUAUUAUGUAUUUCUUGGAGAUGAGUGAUAGUCUAUGUAGAUUUUCACAACCGCAAGAAUAUGUCCUAAUGUCUUGGCAGGUAAUGCUUACCAUUUAAUUUAUCGAUGCAUUUUCAGUGCAGUUAAGUGUAAAUGAAUAAAUAUGUAUUAAUUGGACAUUUGUCGUCUAAGUUAGUAUCAUUUACUUAUUUUCAUAUAUAUGUAUUUCAAAGAUGGGAGCCCUUCAGACCUUCACAUCUACAUUCACUGCCAAAUAGCAUUAUAAUAGUACGGUAGUCUCGUCCUAAUCUAACAAAAUAUUUUGUCUAAGUUGAAAUGUUACCCACUCAAUCGAAUCACGCAUGCCAAUAAUGUGAUUCUGCACCUGGUCUCAUAAUUCUGAAAAUUGGCCACUCAACACUAAGACACAUCAGGCCAGUUGUCAAAUUCAAGUGAUAGUGAUCCACCUGUCAAUUGUUUCGUCCUGGUAUGACACUUCUCCGCCAUAGCUUUACUUGGUAGUAUUGGAGCAGUAGACAGUGUCAAGGAGGCAAUUUUAUCUCGCCUCGAGAAGCUAUAUACGAGUGUGGCGUCUCUCCCUUCAAACAAUGAAGUACCUGUUAUCCUGCCCCCCUAUACCUUAAAACCUGUUCCUAACCUGUGAUUAAAACUUUAAAAUCAUGGAUGCUGAUGAUCUGAUGGUGGCUGUAAAAAUGGCAGAAUCAUUUUCGUGGAUUUUUUAAAUAUUUAUUUUAAAAAUCCACGAAAAUUAUUCUGAUUUCCCUCCUCCCACAACAGAUUGCGCUAGAUAUUUAUCUUCGCAGCGCAAUCUGUUGUGGGAGGGGGGAAAUCAGAAAGUCGGUAUUACGAUAGCGGGACGCGUCAUUUCAACCCAGACAAGAUGAUAUUUCCAUUUGCAACAUCGAAUUAUUCUACCUCUUAACACUUCUACAUUAGGUACAAAAAAAAUGGUCUUCGUAUAGGGAGGACUGCUUUUUAUGAGUAUUGUUUAUGCCAAAUAUAUGUUACUACUUCUCAAUAGUCUAGUAUUUGUGUGAGUGAGACAACUUUGAUUCGUUAUUGUUUUUUAAUAACAAAUUAUAUAACUUUUUAUAUCUUAACAAAUUAUAAUUAAAUCGUUAUUGAUACAUAUAUGCAUGUACAAUAAACAUACAUAUACAGUAAAUAAUAAAUAAACAUUUUUGACCUUAUUCUUAAUAAAUAAUUUUAUACCAGCACUAGUGUGAGCUUUUGGUUAAGUCGCUUGAACAUUAGAGACACAUUAAAUAUAUGUAACUGGAUUUAUUAUAUAUUUAACAUUGAACAUUUUUAAAUAGAAUGUUUUAUCCUGAAAUUCUAUUUGUUUUUAAUCCAUAAUAUAUCUUUCGAUGAAUAUUUACAAAUAAAUAGCUAACUGGUUCAUUGUUAUACUAUCAGAGUUCUCACUUAUUCAAAUGCAAGACUUUUUAUUUCGUCCUACUGACUUGAAUUACACUUUAACUAGCACGAUAAUUUACUUUAGUGAGUUCGCUGCGUACGUUGCAGAUAGUAAUUGCGCAUAUUCAAUCUGUCUCAGUCACACGUCUUACAUGAGACAGAAAUGGGUAUUUAGCUCAUGUCUUGCACAGAAGUAUGCCUGAGUCGAACUGGUGGUCGGAUUUGAUAAAAUGCAUGAAACAAGCGUAUAUACGUGUGUAUAGAUAAGAUUAUUGAGCCAUAUUCGCGUUCGGGGAUGUAAGAGGCAGCUUGCGUGAAUUGCACGAGGCACGCCAUCGCUGUCAAACUGGCAACUGUAGGGUAACUGAAUAGGUGUUUCUCAGAGCGUAUCGACCGCUGCGGCCGCGCUGUCAUUACGAUUCGUCAAAUUUCUUGAGGAUGGCAUCAUUUCCAAAUCAAUUAUUCAUAAAUUUGACAUUACCAGAUUAAUUAUAUAUUCUUGUGCUUUGUUAAAAUUAGAAAAAUCGUAAUGACAGCGCAGUCGCAGCCGUCGAAACGCUUUGAAAAGCACUCGGAUAUAGGUGGGCCCGUUUUAAUCGGGAGGCAGGAAGUGACCGUAUUAUGGGCUAUCACUGUUUGUUAUGAACUAUACACGCGCUGUUGUUAUGCGGUCGAUGACAAACUUUAUUUUAGCUAAUGUAUUUAUGCUUAUUCUAGUAUUUCGUUCUAUUUCCUGACAGUCCGUAAAGUUAUACAUUCUCUUUAUUGGCAUUUUAUAAUACAUUUAUUCAGCAAUAAUAUUAGAUAAUUAUAUCCGUCUUCGUAUAACAUUUGCAAUAACUGAAACUUAUUUUAACUAUUGGUAUGUUUAAGAAGACGUUUGAUUUGAUUGCGUUUAAUAAAUCGAUUUAUUUUUUAGCCAUCUUUUGCCAAAUUAAAUCAAUUAUUGUAUUUAAUCAUGUAUUUAUAAAUAAUAGAAAAACAAACUGUCUCUAAUCUAUUAAACACAAUCAAUUCUAACGAAUCAAAUAGUGCAACAAUAUCUUAUGACUUGUAAACCUUUUUAUAGUGGAACUAAUUCAUAUACAUACUGCUCAAGUGUUUUUAUGUCCCAAUUCAUAACUUUCUUACAUAAUUUACUGUAGAUAUAGUAUGAAAUAUUUUGCGCAACAUAUAUUACAGAUGUUUUUUUUCUAUUAUAAGCACAAUCUCUUUUAAGAACUUCGGAUUUGAAAAUAGUAUAGUUGUAGGCAUAGGUUAAAAUCAUUUUGUCAGCCAAUCAUCAUCGUUUGCAUGGUCUUUUUAAAUAGUGAAUAUUGUGUGUAUUAAAGUGUUAAGUAGAUAGGUGUCAUAGCCGACAACCCCGCGAACAAAAUAACGUCCAUUGAAAAUUGAGCUUUAUGGUGUCCUCUGUAGACAUCUUUUACAUUGAAGCUGUAGGCGAACUCACAGCGGGCUAUCCACUAAUUUGUUAUCAAUGUGAAAUAUGUCUUUAGCGGGCGCUGUAAAGUUCAUAUUUGAAUAAACAUAAUUUUUGCCGGGUAUGAGCGUUGUUGUUUUAAUCGGCUAUGACCUUUAAGUUAUUAGGAAUAGAGUCUGACAUUUGUGAACACGUAAUUUCAUAUGUUUACUACUGUCUGUUUACCGAUCUCAAUGCACGUAUUCUUCAGUGAAACGUUGUAGCCAAUUAACUAUACGUUUCGCACAUGCUCUUUACUGGCUUGCCUAAAAGGAGUGUCUUGUUUCCAUGAAUCCAUGCAGAUACAAUCUGUCUUUAAGGAGUAUAAAAUAAAAAAGGGCGCUGUGUCCACUUCGCUGGUAACACGAGUGUUUUCUAUUGGUAAAUUGAUUAAUUAUUACCAAAUUGAUCAAUUAUAGCCAUUCGAUUUGAUAUUGCAGUAAUGAAAAUUGUGUUUCGACAGAAAUCAGUUUUCUACUCUUUAUGGAAUAUUUAUGGAAUAUAUAUAGUAUGUAGUCAUUCAAAUAGUUAAUUGUCGGACAGAUAGACUCGCGAGUGAUUUUGUUUUUUCCUAUUGUGGUAUGGAACCAUAAAAAGCCAUAUAAGUCACCCAAAGAGCACUGAAUUGUUUAUUAGCGAAAGAUGGUUUUAACAUUGUUAUUAAUUUAACCUUGCUACGUUGAUGGCACAUUGUAUUUAGGGGGUAUGUCUCGGUGUUACCUACAGUAUAUUUUUGUUAAAAGACAAUUAAGCCCUGUGUAAAUUUUAUCUGUAAACAUAUUUUGAGCUACUAUUAUACAUGAUUUAAAUUUCCCCCAAGUUACUACAUAAUUUUAUUCAAAUGAUAGUGUUUUAUUCUAAGUCUUCAGAGAGUGGCCUCACCGCUGCCGCCAAUAUGCGGCAUACCUACAAUACUGUGAUCCGUUGACAGAGCACAGAGCCAGCGCUCUUUAGUUUACGCUUUUAAAGUUUUUAGCGGUCUGUUAAAAAAUGGUUGCCUGUAAAGUCGGUUUUACGGGCGAAGAUUUUACGUGACAACGUCUUUUUACGCGCGCGGCAGACCGAUCAUAGUUGAGUGGGAGAGAGACGCAAGGCAUUCGGCGGGCCUCUCUCUCGUUCGGUGACUCAUCGUAACGUUACCGGGCGUUACACUUUUUCAUAAGUGACUCCCAGCCGCAACCUAAUUUAAGACGUUGUCACGUCAAAAAAUAAAAGUACUAGGAGGUAGCUCGUAGAUGUAUUUCUUCAAACUACUUAAUUAGCCCUGAUUUGAAUUAAUUCCCUGUUAUAAAAAAUGUCACUCAGGCACAACACACGCAAAAUAUCAUAAGUAAAACUGAAAAUGCCUGCAAUGUACAUAUUCGUAUUAAUAAUAUAACAGUUUUCUUUAAAGCAACGUUAUAAUGAUUACAGUUUAUUAUUCUAAUCUAUUAGCCGUAAGAGACUCUCAUAUGACAGCUCGUAUAAAAGAUGCCGCGACCCGACACCCGCUUCUACCUUGUGGCGUUGUGGUUUUAUUCACAAGUACAUGCAUUAUAAUUUAGUGUCCAGCCCAAUCUAUGUUUACAAUUUGUUAAAUCAUACUGUGUCCUUGAAUGAUCGUUGUCCUCUAAAUCUCACAAAUUAACACGUUGACGGCGAAAACACACGCGUGGCAUGUUUUAUAAAUCUGUUCCAGUUACUGCGCAAAAUUCAAACGGCACUGCAAUUGAAGUAUAGUAAAUGUUGAUAGGAAAAAGAAAAAAACUAUUCUGUGACUUAAUGUGGCAAAUUGUUGGUCGCUACUGUUGACUUUGAUUUUGUCAUUUUGACUCGAUUUCAGUUACACAAUGUCGUCGUGCGAACAGUGAAUAUAUUUUUAUCAUCUAGAUACAUUAUAAUAUUACUGACUGUACCAGUAAAUAGGAAGCCUUUUGUAUUUAAAACAAGAGUCCUUUCUUUCGUUAUUGUCUGUGUUCAAUCGGUAUUCGUAUUAAUUCUGGCAGUAAGGCAUAAAAUGCACCAGAUGUAAUAUUGUCAUCCGAAUGUUAUAAAAGACACACAUUUUGCUGUUUUGUAGAUAGUAAUUAAUUUCACAUAAUAUUAACGAAUUUAGGCAGCGUUUAGCUAGCUUGUGGCGCCAAUCAGAUAUGGGUUUUAGUACGGUUGAAACGUAUAUUAUUCAUUAUAUACGUUUAUGACCGGGAAUAAACCCAUCUCAAGCGCCGUUACGCAUUUUAACAAUUAUUACGCAAAGUGGGAGUACAGUUUUAAUAAAAAAACAACAGUAUUUGAAAAUUUGGCAAAAUUAAGAAUAUAAAUUUAAUGAGGGCGCCAUUUUUUAAAAUACGUGUGGGCCAUAUUAAAUAUUUUGUAUGAAUGGAGAAAUGACGACAUCUUCAGUUUAUUGCAUUGUAAUUUUCAAUAAUAGUUAAAUUCUUUCAAAAGCUUUCUAUGCACAAGCGAGAAAGAUACAAAUAUACAUAUAAUAUUGAUUUUAUUGCAGCUAUACAAAAGCUUGAGAUCAUAUUUAUUCGCAGCUUAAAUUGAUACUACAAAGCUAUUGCACUUUUCUAAUAAUAAGAAAGUCAUGAAAAAGCUCUCGAUUUCGAUAUUUCUACAAAUUGCACCUUUUUUAUAAAUCUGUAUUAUAUUUUAUUAAACUUUAGUUAGCAUAUAUUUAUAGGCUAGCGCGUGAAGUCCCACUUUCAAUACAAGGUCUAUGAUAUGAAUUUGACGCUGUAUAUUUAUGUAAGUAUCAGUUAGGGAAUACAGUCACUUGUAUAAUAUUCAUAAAUCUCUAAAUAUUUAUACUAUAUAUUUAUUGUUAAACGUUGUCUAUAUAACGCAUAUUUUCUAAUCGAUCUACUCUCGUUGAAUCUUCCCUCUUUAUUAGUAUUUUACCUUAGUAUUUUAUUACUACUUAUAACAUAUUACGUUGACGAUAUUAUGAUUGUAUUGUCGAAUAUCAAACGAUGUUGUGGGAUUUUUAGAUCAUUUUACACUUAGCUAUAGUUUGCCGUCUUCAACCGCUGUUUCGAACAGUUUCAUCAUAGAUUCUAUUUUUAUCUAUUCUUAUAUAUAUAUAUAUAUAUAUAUAUAUGUAUAUAUGCUUGUUCUUCCAUUGGUAUACUUUCGAAAUACUGCAGGUUUUGGACGCCAUUUUGAUGUAUACGUUGGUCUUUAAAAAUACGUACCUAGUCCCCAUGUAAGCUUGUAUCCUAACUAGUGUCGUAAGAUAGGUAUUUUGGUCCCUUCGUUUUGUUACUCGUCUCUGUUGAGUGCAGGCUCGUUAUUGGACGUGGCGUUUCAGUCGCAGCUCACCCGUGGCACUACCGGUAGUACCAUAUGUUAAGGGCAAAGUUAUUGCUGUCGAAUAUUCGUCUUAAUGUGUUGCAAGAGCCACGAUUAACAUAACGAAUUAGGCCCCUCCCAAGUGAUCGUCACAUUUCUUAUGAUCUACUUUAAGCGUAGCAAAUGGCGGGUUGUGAAUAGUAGAAGGGGAGCCGUCUGGUUACGCAGUUCUCACAGGAAGCCUUACAAUAUAAUGUUAUAGCAAUUUAUUUUUAUUGUAUUGUUGGGAAUAGAUACGCAUGACCCCUAACUGUAAUAUUCUUUUUUUUUGUUAAUUUCGCUUCGUUUGGUGCAAUAAAGAGUAUUGUAUUGUAUUGUGUAUUGUAAACUAACGCCAUCUUUAGCCAAAACUGUAAAACUACCAAAAACUUCGCUCAUUCGUUUGACCGAUGCUUUAUACGACCAUCAUUUUUAUCUGUCGCUGACUGGACUGUAUUGUAUUGCACUUCUAUUCUGUAACACGCGGGUAAAAGCAUGACAUUGAAUGAUUUAUAUCUGUCGUUUAUACUAAAAUAUUGCUAAACGUUCUCAUCACACAAGUUUGUUCGAAAGCAAAUGCGACAGUAUUCGUAUGAGCCAUAGAGAUCACUAUUUGGACUAUUGUACAGUCAAUCGCAAAUGAAAUUCCCAUAUAACUCUAAGCAAUGGCAAUAGCGGUGAAGUUGCAUUGAUUUUGCAUAGUUUAAUGUGAUGUUGGUUGCACUUUGGUCAAACAGAAGCAAUGUGUUGUCGAUUCUUUUAUUCUUAAGUUUAUACUUCCCACCAUGAAGACAAUUUUUGUUUUUAAAUUUGCCCUGUACCUACAAUAUUGUGAUUCGUGAACAGUAUGACAGGAAAUAAAGAUCUGAGUUAAUUAAUCUGAUGUGAAUCGGUGCACAUUGUUUUAAUUUUUAGAUUAUCAAAAUGCCGAUUUUCCUAUUAAAUGUAAAUGUUUCAAAAUAUUAUUUAUUUUUAAUAUUGUUAUCUAAUAAAAAAUGCCAUACGUUACCGCCAGUUUUUUAUGUUUAAAAGAUGUAAUAGGGGCAUUUAUUUAUUUCAUUUAUGUAAUUAUAACAAAAAACUAUAUAAAUUUUUAAUACGCGAUGUUAAAAUUAUUUUAUGUAAAUAUCAUUAAGUUGUUAUGUUUUUGUUUAGUUUUACAUUCAAUUUUAUAGCACUAAUUGAUAAAGCCAAGACUUGUGAAUAAUAUUGUGUAAGUAUCGUGUGCAAUGUAAUUCAGAUUAUACCCAUAAAAAAAAUUGGCUCAAGAUUUAUUAUACCCCUUUGACCCUUAUACUUGUAUGGUGAAUUGGAUAAACGAUCUGCUGAUGUUAAUAAUAAUUUAAAACUUGGCAGCUUACUGUAAUAGCUAAGUCUGUUUCCAGUUUUAGCUUCUUAGUUAUAGACUGAUUUUAUCUAGAUCAGCUGAAUAAAUGACUCUCUAAUCCCAGCCAAGACAGACCGACCAGCUCAUUGACGAGCUCAAUGACUCAGAAUGCUUUUUCAUUUCAUGUAAAAGCCUGAUUAUGUAUCAAUAAGUCCAUAUUAAAGGUAAAUUUACGAAAAUAAAUUUCUUUUUUUAAUUGUUUAAAAAAAAUAAAAGGUCCACAUGAUAAACCAAAAUUUUAUUAUUAUUUAUUUCAUUAAAAAGACGGCAGUUAAUAUUAUUUCAUGUUGGAUUGACAAAAAAAUCUUACUCAAAAAAAAAAAAAACAGUAAUAUUUUUUAAGAGAUUAGUUGGUCGGAUUGGAAAUCCUUAUAUAAGUUUAUUGAUUUUAUCAUUAUCAGACAUGCGUCUCAGUUAUAAGGUUCAAAAUCAACUUUCAAAAUAUUUUUUGAAGGGUUUUUGGAGCCAUAACCAUAGUUUCAGUUGUGUACUUACUAGGGGUGUAAUGUUGUUGAAUUGUAAACAUGUCUAGACGGCUUUCACUCUCUAAUAGUUCUAGUCAUUUUAAUUCCUCCGUGUUGUAUCUAUACAUAACAGUAUGCCUGUGUAUGGGUAGACAAUAUAAUAUAAUCAAAAUGAAUGUUAAACAUAAUAUAGGUGAAACUUAUAUCUAUUAUAUUUGAUGUCUGUUC